GCGCCGUAACUGGUUCCGGGUUGGACUCCACUUCCGGCUGGGCGGUGGCGCCGGCCUGGCGCUGCUCCCGCCGCUCCCGCCAUGUCCACGCUGUUCCCCUCACUCCUGCCCCGCCUCACCGAGUCCCUCUGGUUCAACCUCGACCGGCCGUGCGUUGACGAGACCGAGCUGCAGCAGCAGGAGCAGCAGCACCAGGCCUGGCUCCAGAGCAUUGCUGAGAAGGACAACAACUUGGUGCCCAUAGGAAAGCCAGCGUCCGAGCACUAUGAUGAGGAGGAGGAGGAGGAUGAUGAAGAUGAUGAAGACAGCGAAGAGGACUCAGAAGAUGAUGAGGACAUGCAGGAUAUGGAUGAGAUGAAUGAUUAUAAUGAGUCUCCUGAUGAUGGGGAGAUCAAUGAGGUGGACAUGGAAGGGACAGAGCAGGACCAGGACCAGUGGAUGAUCUGAUUCUGCCACAGCCACACCAAGCCAGAGGCUGGGGGAGAGCCUUUGCCCCCCACGGCUCUGGGGCACAAUUCAGUGAAGCUCCUCCUGCCACGGGUGCUGUGUGGGGCAGGAAGUUCAGAGGGAAACCGCCCCCCCCCGCCCCCAAGAGGAGCCAGAGGGGAGACUGCCACCUGGCACAUUGGAACUGACACAUCUUUUCUAAUAAACUUGGUUUUCAAGAAAA